AUGCACAAUUCCCUCUGGGACACCAGAACCAUCUCCUACACAGGAUGUGCUGCACAGGCCUUUUUCUUUUAUUUCUUCAUCACAGCAGAGUAUUUCCUCCUCACCAUCAUGUGCUACGACCGCUACGUUGCCAUCUGCAAACCCCUGCACUACGGGACCCUCCUGGGCAGCAGAGCUUGUGCCCACAUGGCAGCAGCUGCCUGGGCCACUGGGUUUCUCUAUUCUCUGCUGCACACAGCCAGUACAUUUUCCCUGCCCCUGUGCCAGGGCAAUGCCCUGGGCCAGUUCUUCUGUGAAAUCCCACACAUCCUCAAGCUCUCCUGCUCACACUCAGGCUACCUCAGGGAAAUUGGGCUCAUUGUGUUUAGUGCCUGUCUAAUGAUUGGGUCUUUCAUUUUCAUUGUGUUCUCCUAUGUGCAGAUCUUCAGGGCAGUGCUGAGGAUCCCCUCUCAGCAGGGACGGCACAAAGCCUUUUCCACCUGCCUCCCUCACCUGGCUGUGGUCUCCCUGUUUAUCAGCACCUUAUUCUUUGCCCACCUGAAGCCCCCUUCCAUCUCCUCCCCAUCCCUGGAUCUUAUUGUGUCACUCAUGUACUCAGUGGUGUCUCCAACACUGAACCCCCUCAUCUACAGCCUCAGGAACCAGGAGCUCAAGGAUGCCCUGAGGAAACUGAUAACAGAGUGUUUUUCAGAAGCAAUAAACUCUCCUUCUUCUCCAUGUUAUGGACCUCAUUAA